AUGUCGGGAGGGCGGCAAACGAAGGAAAAUAUGGAGGAUAAACGGCUCGUAAUUCGAAACGCACAUGUAGCAAAUAGGUGCUGCAUAAUAAGGCUGAAUUACGUGACUUGCGGAACUGCAUCCGAGGUAUUCCUGCACGGCGUGUUUCAACUCGCUCUCGCAUGGGGCAAGGAGAAAGCAGAAACCGAGGAGGCCUUACUCCACAUGCUAGUCGUCUCAAUCAGAUUAUCAGAAGAGUCUUGCCAAUGGUCCUGGAAAAAGCUUGUACAUGACGCGAAUCAUCGUGCAUAUGCUGCCAGCGUGAAGCACAUCUCUUGA